AGUGUCUAGCAGAUGAAGCUAUUUCUACCCACCUCUCAUCCUUCAUUUCACAUCAUUUCAUAGGAUAAUUCUCACAAUAAAACAAAAAUAACUCGCAUAUAUUCAUACAAUCGCUAUAAUCUUGACAAAUCACACUACCGUUACUAUUUCUCAAAAUCCAUUUCAAGAUUUUCAUUCGAAGUUAGAAAAUCUUAAUGGGUUUUUCUGAUUUAGCUUAAUUGAGGAUAUAAACGAUAAUGUUGCCUGUUUGCUCAGCAUCCACCAGCUGCUCUUAUCAUUCACGGUUUCUCCAUGGAGGGUUGAAUCCCCUUUCCUCAUACUGGAAGACAUUUGAGGAUAAUUUCAACAAUGUGGAUGGAAUAGUCCACAACUUCUCAAAUGGAAGAGUUCCCUUCAAGAGACAAGCCGCUUCAUGUUUCUAUUCUAAUUUUGUUGAAAAAGGUGAACGAUCUGGCUCCAUGGAUUGUAUUAAUAGGUCGUUGUGUCAGAGCAAAUUUGACUACAUAAAACCACUAACCAAUUUUGGUUAUCCAGUUGGGGUAAUUGAUGAAUCACACUCCUUAGGACCAACCAAUUUGAAAUUUGUUGAAAGCUCUAGUUUUUCUACUGGAGAUGAUCAGCUAAUGGAUAUUACCACUAAAACCAUCGAAUAUACUGAUAUCUUAAAUCCUGAAUUAAUUCUACCAAUAGAUGGUGCACCAGAUGACCCUGCCUCAGUAUCUGAUUCAAUGAAUGUGAAUGUAAAUUCCUUAUCUGAUUUGAAAACAAGUGCUGCUGAUAUUUUUGCUGAGCUGAAUGAAUCCAUUGCUGAUACAAUCAAUAGAGGAGAAAAUGCCCUGAACAACUCGUUCGAUACUAUCACUUCAUCCGUGACGACUGCUCUCGGAAGUGCUAAUGAAGCAGUUGAUAACGCUAUCAAUAAAAUCAUAUCCGGCAUCAAUAAAUCUGGGGGAUCUGCUGGUGAUAGGUUGACAGGCUUGUCCAGUGAUUUAAAGCAAACAUCAGGUAAUGUGGGGCUUGUUGCACUUGAUGCGUUGAGGCGAACAAUCGUGGUGGUUGAGGAUUCUUUAGGACAGGGGAUCAGCUAUGUUGGAUAUGCUUAUAGUUCUGCUAAGGAAUCACUUCCUUCAGAAUUUCAAGAUGCACUUAAUUUAUCUGAAGAGACCGUGAUAAAAGUAUUGAGGCCAGUUGGAACUGCUUUUCAACAGCUUUCCACUGCUUUGGAGGGAUUUGAAAAAAGUCUUGGCUUGGACCCAAAUGAUCCUCUCAUCCCAGCUGUUCUUUUUCUUGGAGUGUCAGGCACUAUAUGGGUUUCUUAUCGGGUAUUAAAGUACGGUGGAUAUGCUGGAGAUUUAUCUCCUCAGUCAACUUUGGAGCUCCUACGCAGCAACGAGAAUGUUGUACUCAUUGAUAUUAGGCCUGAGAAUCUCAGGGAAAGGGAUGGUAUUCCUGAUCUUCGUCGGGCAGCCCGGUUUCGAUAUGUUAGUAUUACACUACCUGAGGUUGAUGGUUCUCUGCAAAGGUUGCUGAAGACAGGAAGAGACUUUGAGGACACAUUGCUUGCUGCUGUUAUUCGCAACCUGAAAAUUGUGCAAGACAGGUCCAAGGUUUUGAUUAUGGAUGCUGAUGGAACUCGUUCCAAGGGCGUAGCAAGAUCAUUGAGAAAGCUCGGAACUAAGAGUCCAUAUCUGGUCAAAGGUGGCUUUCGCUCUUGGGUAGAAGAGGGUUUCCGUGUUAAAGAGCUAAAAACCGAGACAACACUUGUGAUACUCAGUGAGGUACAUAAUGAAUUCUUGACAGCUCCUCUGUUGCAGAAAAAUUUCUUGAGUAAUUUUAUUGGUCUUUAUCAACUCUUUUCACAUUAUAUGGGACAAUGCUAGGGGUUUAAACUUCUU